AUGACACGAAUUAAGAGAGUCAUUCUUGCUUGGAUGUUGCCCAGCUUAACAAGGUUCAUGCCAGAUGUUGGGGAACAAUUUGAUGAUAAGUCAGCUACUGGAACAAACCUACAUGUACGAGACGAGAACCUGGAACUGAUGGAAUGCUGUUACAGAAGUAGAUCUAAUGAGAGGGGAUAUGUGAAACACAUGAGGGAACUAUGGAUCAACAGAAGACUUACAUCCCCACUAACUGAGGAACAGUUAGUUACCCAACACUUCAAUAUAGUGAAGAGGAAGCUGAUCUCACAACUCUCUAACUUUCCAGUUAGAGAGAUGCAUCAUGAAAAUGCAUCCCAGCUGCUUCCCAAGGCUAUCAAGAGGCAGGCCAAUUUUCAAGGAGAAAAUAAGUAUAAUACAAAUGCAAGUUUACAAGGAUAUAGAAAACAGACAGUAAAGGAUGAAUCAUCCAUGUUCUUCCAGUUUGGCCCAUCGAUAGAACAACAAGCUUCUGUUAUGCUCAACAUCAUGGAAGAGUAUGACUGGUACAUCUUCUCCAUUGUCACUACUUACUUUCCUGGCUACCAGGAUUUUGUCAACAAGAUCCGCAGCACUAUUGAGAACAGCUUUGUGGGCUGGGAGCUAGAAGAGGUACUUUUGCUGGACAUGUCUCUGGAUGAUGGAGAUUCAAAGAUCCAGAAUCAGCUCAAGAAACUCCAGAGUCCUGUCAUCUUACUUUACUGUACUAAGGAAGAGGCCACCUAUAUCUUUGAGGUGGCUAACUCCGUUGGUCUGACUGGGUAUGAUUAUACAUGGAUUGUGCCCAGUUUGGUGGCUGGAGAUACAGACACAGUCCCCUCUGAAUUUCCCACUGGACUCAUCUCUGUGUCAUAUGAUGAGUGGGACUAUGGUCUUCGUGACAGAGUGAAAGAUGGAAUAGCCAUAAUAACCACGGCCGCCUCUGAUAUGCUAUCUGAGCAUAGCUUUAUUCCUGAGCCCAAGAGUAGCUGCUACAAUACACAAGACAAGAGGAUCUACCAAUCUAACAUGUUAAAUAGAUACCUGAUUAAUGUCACCUUUGAAGGAAGGAAUUUGUCAUUCAGUGAAGAUGGCUAUCAGAUGCACCCUAAACUGGUUAUCAUCCUUCUGACCAAGACGAGAACAUGGGAUAGGGUGGGAUGGUGGAAGGACAAACGCCUUAAGAUGAAAUAUUAUGUGUGGCCACGUUCUGAGCUAUACCCUAACUGUGAGGAACGUGAGGAUGACCAUCUUAGCAUAGUGACCCUUGAAGAAGCACCUUUUGUUAUUGUGGAAAAUGUGGACCCACUAAGUGGUACUUGUAUGAGGAACACUGUCCCAUGCCAAAAGCGAAUUGUAUCAGAAAACAAAACAGAUGAGGAGACCGCCUAUAUCAAGAAAUGUUGCAAAGGGUUUUGUAUUGAUAUUCUUAAGAAAAUUUCCAAGUUUGUGAAGUUCACCUAUGAUCUUUACUUGGUAACCAAUGGUAAACAUGGAAAGAAGGUCAAUGGAACAUGGAAUGGAAUGAUUGGUGAGGUGGUUGCCAAACGUGCCUACAUGGCUGUGGGAUCCCUCACCAUAAAUGCAGAGCGUUCGGAAGUGGUAGAUUUUUCUGUUCCCUUCAUUGAGACAGGAAUAAGUGUAAUGGUGUCACGAAGCAAUGGGACAGUCUCGCCUUCUGCCUUCUUAGAGCCAUUCAGUGCUGAUGUGUGGGUGAUGAUGUUUGUUAUGCUGCUUAUAAUCUCUGCGGUGGCUGUCUUUGUCUUUGAGUACUUCAGCCCUGUGGGAUACAAUCGGUGUCUGGCUGAUGGCAGAGAGCCUGGUGGUCCAUCUUUCACAAUUGGUAAAGCUAUCUGGCUACUGUGGGGCCUUGUGUUCAACAACUCUGUGCCAGUGCAGAAUCCCAAAGGGACUACAAGCAAGAUCAUGGUAUCAGUAUGGGCCUUCUUUGCUGUCAUCUUUCUGGCCAGUUAUACUGCCAAUUUGGCUGCCUUUAUGAUCCAAGAAGAAUAUGUGGACCAGGUGUCUGGACUGAGCGACAGAAAGUUCCAAAAUCCAAAUGCUUUCUCACCACCUUUCCGCUUUGGAACAGUUCCCAAUGGCAGUACGGAGAGGAAUAUUCGCAACAAUUAUGAACUGAUGCAUGCCUAUAUGGUGAAGUUCAACCAAAGAUCGGUGCAAGAUGCUUUAUCAUCACUGAAGACAGGGAAACUGGAUGCUUUUAUUUAUGAUGCUGCUGUACUAAACUAUAUGGCUGGCAGAGAUGAAGGCUGUAAGCUAGUGACAAUUGGCAGUGGAAAGGUCUUUGCUUCUACUGGCUACGGCAUUGCCAUCCAGAAGAAUUCUGGCUGGAAGCGGCAAGUGGAUCUUGCAAUUUUACAGCUUUUUGGCGAUGGGGAGAUGGAGGAACUGGAAGCUCUCUGGCUCACUGGGAUUUGCCACAAUGAGAAGAAUGAGGUAAUGAGCAGUCAGCUGGAUAUAGACAACAUGGCAGGAGUCUUCUAUAUGUUGGGAGCAGCCAUGGCCCUCAGCCUCAUCACCUUCAUCUGUGAACAUCUCUUUUAUUGGCAAUUUCGCCAUUGCUUCAUGGGGGUCUGUUCUGGCAAGCCUGGUGUUGUCUUCUCCAUUAGCAGG